AUGGCGGGGCGGCUACAGAACAUGCAAGACGGCAGUAUCGUAGAGCGUCGGUUGCGGCCAAUAUACGACUGGUUGGAUAAUGGGAACAAUAAGAAGGCAUUGCAAGAAGCAGAGAAGGUGCUUAAGAAAAGUCCUUCAUUGCAGUCGGCACGGGCAUUGAAAGCGCUUGCACUUUUAAGGUUAGGAAAGGGACCGGAGGCGUUCGCCGUGUUGGAUGCCCUGGCAGAAGAGAAGCCGAGCGAUGAUACCACGCUGCAGGCGAUGACAAUAUCGUACCGCGAAUCUCAGCAGUUGCCAAAAGUGUGUGCGCUUUAUGAGGCAGCAGUGAAGGCAGAGCCACUCAGCGAAGAACUGCACUCCCACUUGUUCAUGGCUUACGUGCGGGUGGGUGAUUACCGCGCGCAACAAAGAGCCGCCAUGGCGCUCUACAAGUUCGCGCCCAAGAACCCCUAUUAUUUUUGGGCCGUAAUGAGCAUUGUUUUACAGGCCAAGGAAAGUGAAGACAGCACGAAGCGUGGCAUCUUGCUCGCACUCGCGCAGCGUAUGGUAGACAACUUCAUAAGCGAGAAAAAGAUGGAGGCCGAGCAAGAAGCCAGACUCUACGUCAUGAUAUUAGAACUCCAGGAAAAAUGGGAAGACAUCCUAAAGUUCAUUGAAAGCCCUCUAUACUCACAACUGGUGCCUGGUUCACCCGGUUCACCGGCUCAAGAAACCAUCCCUUAUCUAAAAAAGCUCGGUCUAUGGAGACGUAUCAAUCUUAUCUGCAAAUCACUCUUGCAAGACCAUCCAGAUCGAUGGGACUACUAUGUACCGUAUUUAGACUCGGUCUUCAUAUUAAUGAAGGAAGAAAAUAAUGAUGAUGCUACAGAUAAUACUCCAGAGAAAGCCCAUGAAUUUAUAUGCCAAUUAGUUGAGAACUUUACCUCUGGUAGAGCUUUACGUGGACCAUAUUUAGCAAGACUAGAGUUGUACAAAAGGUUAUCGGUUGAUGGUGAUCCUGCUGCAGUGCUUGGUAGUGGAGUUCCAUUGUGUGUGCAAUAUUUAAGAGUGUUCGCUCAUAAACCAUGUGCAGUGCCUGAUUUGAGACCAUACUUGCCUAUGUUGACGCAGAAGGAACGAGAGGACAAUUGUCAAGUAUUUUUGAAGUGCAUGGGAUUCGAUGAAAAUAGUGAACCGGACAAUGUAGACGACAUCCAACGUCAGAUAUCGUGCGUAGCGGCAUGGCGACUCACUGCGGCGCCGUUCACCGCCGAAGAGUGCCUCAAGCUAGCCGAAACCCUUAGAAACAAUUACUUAAGGUGUCUUAGUGCCGGUCUAGUCACUUCUACCAUUACUGAGUUCUGUGCAGCCGACGGGUACGGAAUUUUGGCUGCACACCACUAUUUUUUUGCUGCAACCCAGCAGCAAAGCUCCGCGCCCAUACUCGAGGCGUUGUGCCUUUUAGAACUAGUACUACAUCAUUCGCCUGCCAACUUCCACGCUAAACUGCUCCUUAUUUCGCUGUACCAUUUGCUCGGCGCGGCAAUAGCGGCGGACAGUAUCUACACUCGUCUGGAAGUGAAACACGUGCAGUUGGUGUCCCUAGGCUGGCUGCACGGGGCGCGACUGCCUGCUGCAGCGCCGCAUCGGGCGUUACAACUGUUCGCCGACACGCGGGCCUUCCACACGCACCACGCGAAAGACAGCGUGGAACAUCUAACGUAUGCCUACAAAUACGGAACUUUCGAGAAGCUAGUAGAGCUGUAUGCAUGGAGUCAGCGCCUUGAGGCGUGUUCUUGGUGCGCGUUGGCCGCGAGGGAGAGGGCUUUGUUGGCCCUCUUGGCCGGACCUCCGGCGCCACUGCACGCACCCAACCAGCUGCCUAGUGAACCUACCGACAACCGGGACCUAAAUGUAAUAGUCAACUUUGAGCCCCCACAACUACAAGAUCCCGACUUAAAAUCAAGAACAUUCACGCAGGAUCUCGCUUACCUACGUCUCAAAGACGGCCUAGUGUCCGCCAUAGCUCUAUGUAUCGAAUCCGCAGACAGUAGGCCGUUGGAGGAAAAGAGACAGCAAUAUGAAGAGCUUAAGACUUGUAUAGAGGCAUUCAGUAGUGCAAUGGACAAAUGUAGAGAAAGAUACUGUGAGAAAGAAAGAGUCAGCAUAUCAGCGCCUUUCCCAUCUAGGAUUAUUGUAAAACCGCCUGUUUUCAUAGGCAUAAUCACAUACCUACUCGGCGUGUGCAACGAACUAGUCGCACCAACUAACACGAAGAAAUCGAAGAAAAAGAUCAAUCAUUCGCCGGACGAAAUCAAAACUCACAAACUUUUGAACAAACUCAACGAAUCAGUGCAGAACUCCAUUUGUUUCCUCGAACAAAUAUUCGACAACUGGCCUCAGUACGAGAAAUUCGACAGCACACUCGAGGAGGAGUUUUGCAAAUUAAAUUUAAACAAUAAGUACAAUAGUCCUGUGGCGCAAAAACUCAGAAACGGCCAACAGGAUAUGGUGAAUGACGUUAAGAACAUAUUGAAAAGGAAGUCUAAAUACUUGCAAAGUUUAGUGCAGUGAAGUGUUCUUCUAGCUGGGUGCGCCAAGUGCUUCGAAACAUAUCUUGUAUAUAUAUAAUGGUCUUGGCGCAGAACUUACGUUAUCGGAUCGAGGCGAGUGAUUUUAAGUCUGAGUGUCAUAAGAAUUAAAAAGCGUUUCUGUGUACAGGUUGUCUCGUUUG